AUGUCGGUUGUUUUCGAAGAGUGGAGACUUUGUCGAUUCGCAUGGGUACCAGCCUUCAUUUCAGGGUAUGGAUUAUCUCUUAUGUCUUUGUUGACAAUGACAGCCAUGAGCGUGGACAGACUUCUCGCCCUGUUGUUGGGGCUGAGACACAAACAAAUUGUAACUUUGAAGCGCACAUAUAUCAUUGUCGUUACUCUUUGAUUGUAACCUUUGUCGCUACUCUAUGCAACGUGUUAGAUUCUCUUAUAGCGCCUUGGUUUGGUCGAAUUGUCAUCUCAUGUUGCCUAUUAAUCUCGAUUGCUUCAUAUGCUAAGAUUUUCUGUGCCCUUCGCCGUCAUCACGCUCAGGUACAAAGUCAUGUUCAACAACAGCCGAGCCAACCAAAUGCAUUGAACAUGGCGCGAUACAAAAAGGCAGUGUACAGUGCACUGUGGGUGCAGUUAGCGUUACUUGCUUGUUAUGUACCAAUGAGUGUAGUGGGAAUUUUGAUGGCUCAUAUAAAAGGAGAUUCAUCACAUUUAGUCGUCGCUCUUGGAAUAGUGAAUACCCUGGUUUAUUUUAACUCGACUUUAAAUCCGUUUCUUUACUGCUGGAAGAUUAGUGAAGUAAGAAGAGCAGUUAAGCGGACAAUCAGACAAGCGCUUUGCUGUCCACGGGGUUAGUUCUUCCAUUAACUCUUACCUAGUUGUUUCAAGCAAGUAUGUAACGUGACGACGCUAUUAGAUAACGCAUAACGCAUCCUGUCGGGUACAUCAUUGAAUAGGAAGAAGUAAGAAGCUUAAUGAAGUCGCUGCACAAAGCUGUUUAGAUAUUCUCAUCAUGGAUGAACAUGGCUCAUUUUGUGCAUGAAAAAGCAAAAAUCAUGGAAUAUACACGUUAACGAUAUCGUAGGAAUUUAAGAAUGGUAUUUAUCUUAACUGAGGGAGGCGUUUGACUACAGCUGGCUCGAUACGAAAAAAAUUCCUUAUCUUAUUAACAACCAGUGGCUUCAAUCGCGGCUUCUGUGGAUAAAGUUUAUUUCCAAGUGCACGUAUAGCUAAAGGCCAGAGAGUCGUAUCACUAACGGCAAUACUUGGGACAAGUAAGUUUUAUGCGACGGCAGUUAUUUUGAAUACAACAAAUUAUGAUUUGAUCGACAUAAAAAAUGCCGUCCACGCAAGGUAGGGAAAAAAACGGGAAGCUAGUUUGAUUUUACUUACUCGUUUUACAAUCUUAGUGGUACGAAAGUACAUGUAUAGGAUAAAAUUGAUUGUGAAAGGGUAGUGAAGGAGUGACUUUUAAGUUCUUAUCUAACGGAUGGUGAAAUAAUUUCAAAUUUUUAACCUCACUACAUGGAAUAAAGCGUUUGACUUUGACUCAAUAUUACCGCGUGAACCGUUCAAAGUAAGGCUUGUUAAAGACACGAAAUCGUAAUUUUGAGCGAAAAAGUCCAUAAUGCUUAUCAAUGUGUGAUGAUACUUCUAUAAACUGUAAAUAGCUAGUAAGUAAGCGAAUGAGAAACAGUUUAACAUUACAGGCUCUUACUGAGAAUUCUCUUAAAUAUUUUGUUGCUUAAAAUUUAUUAUCAAAUUACUAAUGAGGACCAAUUAAUGGUAAAAUUACAAUGUCCUAAGAUAAUUCUCUUAACGAUUGUCGUUUGUUUCUGAAAAUUUAUUAUUAAUCAUCAAUUAAUCAUAAUCAUGUUUUGAUUAAUAGUGUACUCAAUGGGUUAUAUUGAUAUGAAACUCACUGAUAAGUUAGAAGGAAACUUACUAUCAAUACUGAAAAGUGUUGUAGCAAAAUAAAUGGUAUGCUUCAUAAAAAUGUAGGGGCCGGUUAUUUACACAAUGUCUAUUCCAAACCAUGGUUUUAUGCAAGCAGUGAAAAGCAGGUGUUCUCUAUAAGAGGGUAGAUAAAACAUAAUAAAUGUCCUUCCUUUAUUAGAUCUCGACCCUCUAGAUACUAUUCGCAAAAAUUUGUACCAAGAUAAGAGGUUCAACUAAAUUGAAGAUGGCUUAGAACGCAGUUUUGUAAAACAACGACUAAACUUUGUCUAAAGAACUUUCGUGAGGCUAGAAAACAUUUCAGACACUUUAUUCUUGAAGAAAUCCCUUCAAUAUUGAACGGCUAAUAUUUUGUUUGAUGGCAAAAUAUUUCGCAAAAGUAGAGAAGACUUAUAUUUAUAGCAUUUUUUGGUAGAUAGAUGGUCAAAAUGGUGCCAAUGGAUUCACCAACUUGUAAGAAGCUCAUUGAUAACAUUGUUUGAAUCAAUGAAAACCCGGAAAGAUUUUUCGUGCAAAUGAAGACAUCAUCUAGAACACAGGUGAUGAGAAAGGAUUGUUUUUAUUUUGAGGGUGUUUAUCAUUACCCAACACCAGAUUAUCGUAACCAUUUCACAAAGACAGCUGCAGAAAUAACAAAGGAGAAUUAUACAAGCAUCUCCUGAUGACGAUCGAACCAAGAAACAUCUCACCAAGGUAGAACUAAAUAUUGACUCGAGAUUUCGUUUUUAUCAAAAAUCCUGACAUGGGAAAUAUGAAAUCAAGGAUUUCUAACCAAACAACAAUUUGUGGUGAAUGGCAUUGAUUAAACGUUUUACUUUACUAACAUCAAACCUGAUUAUUGCUGUUUCUCGUAAAGUUCUCUUUUAAGGAUCAAUCGUUUGUGAAAAACAAACUUUGCAAAAUGAUCAGACCUACUCAUCAAAAGAAGGGCUUUAAAAAAAUGGCUCACCAUUUUUUUUUGGAAACAAAUGACAAUAUUCCCGAGCAUUUCAAACGUGUAAACGCGAUUGAAAAAGUUUUCAUACGAUGAUUCAUAUCAAAGCAGUUUAAGUGAUUUCAAGGCUGGCAGGUGCUCUCCAGACGCAACAUUUUAUGCUGCAAUCACACGUAAUCUGAAGGAAAGAACAAAACGACAGCAGAAUGAUGGCGGAAACAAAUCUAACCAAAGAUGGAGCACAGACGAACGCAUUCGAAGAUUUUCGGUGCUCCCCUUUUUUGGCAGGUGGAUUACAACCACAAUCAAUCCAUUUCUCAGCUACAGUUUACAUUAUCCUCUCCAUUACAAUAUUUCUUGGGAAUUCUCUUAUCCUUGUUGCCCUUCACAAGGAAUCUUCCCUUCACCCGCCGUCCAAACUCUUGUAUCGUUGUCUGGCAACGACUGACCUGUUAGUUGGUAUUUUUAGCCAGUCUAUGAUGGCUACUUAUUUCAUGUCCUUGGCUAACGAUAACUGGAGUCUUUGUCGAUACGCAAGCGACGCCACCUUCACAACAAGCUACACAUUUGCGGAGUGUCUUUAUUUAUAAUAAUGUUGCAAGAUGUUGCGUUGAAAUAUUGCGUGCGUGUGGCCGGGCCUUAAGAAAUAAGGGUCUGAGUGAUCGUGACCGGCCAGGUGCCGUUGAUAGGAAAUAUCUGUCGUUUCAAAUACAGGUAACUAGCGGGGAAAAGAAAACGACCGUAUAUUGAACUGCAUGGCGACAACUAAUUAUAUAGGAGGUGUAACACAAAGGAACACCAGGUUUGAAAAGUGGCUUUUCAACCUUUCUGGCUGAUGAGUUGCCGGCAUCAAUCAGCCAUUUCCUUCUCUGCGGUGUACUUUCUCCUCCCAUCACAGCAUCUCCUAGCAAUUCUCAUGUCCUUGUUAUAAACAGUUUUCAACUUGAAUUUGUUUUGUCAUUAGAAAAAUAUCCACAUUGCUUAUGAAUGUUUGAAAAUGUCAUUGAUAAUAACAAACAUUGUGUAAGGGGGUGUAUGAAUUUAAAUAAACACUUUCCUUUUCUUAAUUAAUUCUUUCCAAAACUUCCAAUUUUCCGAGAUUAAACGUAAGACUCCAUCUUCUCCACUCAGCUAAAGGUGAAUUUCUACCCGAGAAGACGACGUUUAAAAUAAUUGUGAAAUACUGCUAGUAUCAAAGAUGUCUGUCUGUACGUUUGACUCUUAAAGCUCAUUUGUUCCUAUUUUGGUCACGUUUCCUAAUGAUCUUUCAUCGAUAGAGAGCUAGUCAAGUGUCCAUAUCAUCUGUAUAAAAUUUUGCAUCAAACCAUUAAAAUGUAAAUGAAUUCUAAUAUUAAAAAGAAGCUUAAAUCUGAGGGGUUCCGGAAAAAAGCAAUCAACUCUUUGGCACAACAGACAAUUUGUUUACGCACUUUGAACAAGCAAACGCUGAUGAGGAAGUCUCUAUGUGUUUAUUGAAGGAAGGUUCAGUCAUCGUUGCACAGCUUGGGGUGUUUAAACGAAAUAUUUCUCAUUGCCAGUUGCCUCAGUACAAGAAAAAGGAAACGAUUACAGAACAAUGUCGACAACAAAGUUCACUAGGAGUGGAACACAGACGAAAACAUUUGUAGAACUGUUAUGCACCCCAUCUUUUGGAGGUGGAUUACAUGAAAUAUUUACUUUUUUCUCAGCAGUGCACAUUCUCCUCUCCAUCACAGCAUUCCUUACAAAUUCUCUCAUUCUUGUUGCCCUUCACAAGGAAUCUUCCCUCCACCGACCGUCCAAACUCUUGUACCGUUCUCUGGCAACAACUGACCUGUUGGUUGGUCUUGUUGCCCAGCCUCUCUAUGCUACUUACUGGAUGUCCUUAGUUCAGGAACACUGGAGCCUUUGUCGAUACGCAUUUGACGCAGCCUAUAUCACGGGCUCUGCAUUGUUUUUAACGUCUUUGAUGACGAUGACGGCCAUAAGCGUAGACAGACUUCUCGCCCUGUUGUUGGGGCUGAGGUACAAACAAAUUGUAACUUUGAAGCGCACAUAUAUCAUUGUAGCUACCAUCUAGAUUUUAUCUCUUGUCUCUUCUUUAUGCGCUUUACUUGAUGAUCGUAUAACUUUUUUGCACCGUCUCAUAACUAUACCUCUUUGCUUGGUUAUUUCACUCGCAUCAUAUACAAAGAUUUUUCGCACUCUCAGAUAUCAUCAGGUUCAGGCAGAAGAUCCCGUUCAACAACAGCCGAGCCAAUUAAAUUUACUGAACAUAGCUCAAUACAGAAAAGCAGUGUAUGGUGCACUGUGGGUGAAGUUAGCAUUAGUUGUUUGUUUUGCACCAUUCUUUAUCGUGGUAACCGUGAUUGCACACAGUAAAACACAUUCAUCGCAUUUGGUCAUCCUAAGGGGAAUAACCGUUGUCUUGGUUUACUUUAACUCGACGUUAAACCCGUUUCUUUACUGCUGGAAGAUAAGUGAAGUAAGACAAGCAGUAAAGCAGACAAUCAGACAAGCACUUUGCUGUCCAAGGAGUUAGACCAUCUUGAGUUUUACCCGAUCGUACUGGUACUUUCAGUUCAAAACUGACUGAUAGGGAACGCUCGUCAAUCAGCUACACCAUGAUAUAUAUCUUUGCUCGAGAUCUCUCGAUUGUAUUUUUCGCACCUUAACAACUAAAGGGGAGGCAACCGAAUAACUAACAAUAAAUUUAAAGAAAUAGUUUUAGUGCUACCUCACAUUAUCAUGAUUAGAUCAAUUCAUAAUCUAAGAAAAGAUAUGCACGCGCAGGAUCAUACUCACGUUUGUUAUUAUAAGAAAGUGUAAGGAACAAAAUUGAAGCAAAAACGGUUAGUAUAAAGUUCUCUCUCAGGUUCACCGUUUUGCUGAAAUUAUUUGCUAAAGGGAAAAAGGAAUAUUGAAUGAAAAAAAGUAUAUCGACUUUUAAAAAUAUCACAUAGAAAGGGUUGCUUUAUUUCCAGUUUGUUCAUGGUGUAUUUUUCAGUUGUCUCCAAGUGGUGAUUAAUUCUAUGUUUACCAUUUUCCUCUAUAUUUCUUUCAAGUUGUUUCACAAAGUUUUAUGGAAUUCAGGAUUGACCAAAUUUCAUUAUGGGGCCUAGAAAUAGCAGUAUAUCUAAAUAUACUGCUUAGUUCUUUACUUAAAAAAAAGUCGCAAUCGAGUUCCUUUAUUGUUUUGAAAACAGUAAUAUAGCUGAUGUUUGCCAAGGGAUACGACUUUAGUGCUAAUUUGUACUUGAGCUAAAUUUUACUGAUUGAGGUACAUGGCAAAUAGCGGAAGUGAAGAAGGAAAGGUUAAAUUCCAAACUAUUCAAAAUUGAAUGCGUAACACAGUUGAAAGAGGGAUUUCGGAGAAAGCUUAAAUAUUGGUAUUAUUUUAUAGUGAGAUAUCUCAAGUUAUUUUUAACGCAGAAACCUUGUUCCGGCGAUGAAGGCAAAUUACAGAACCUUUCUCCUACCUUUUGCCAGCACAGCCAAGCUUACGACUUCAUUACGCCGCCAAGCAAAGUGUAAAAGAAAGUACGAAAGUGCAAAAUAGCACAACAUGGGUCAAGUCUAAAACAACAAUAUGUGUAAGUCUAAGGCCGUAGAAACUUUUAAAUUUAUCAAGAAACUGAGAAAAACUACGCAUCAUUUAGAUUCUCAUUGUUUACAAAGGCAAAUUACCUAUCUACAAGCGCAUGCGUAAUCAUUUGACCGCUGUGUUGCUCAUUUAUUACUGUCUACUAGUCAAGCUGCAGUCGCUAUUCGGAAUAAUUAAAGUGGAGAUUAAUGGGAAGGAGAAUUGGCGGAAAAAGAACUUCUUAAGAAGAAACAAAUAAGUUGCUGCAUUUUUUUUUUUAUCAAUGAAAGCGCUCGUUUGGUUUGCUUCUCCGUUAUUUCCCCAUCGGUGAAUAAAAUAACGGAUUAAAGGUUAAAAUAAAUAACGUACAGUCGAAAGAAAAGUAAAUAUGUUACGAAAUGAAUAAUUUAGUAUUUGAUGAAAUUUCGUACUCAGAACGAGGCUGAGGGUGUCAUGGCUGGAUGAUGUCUCCUCACCUUCCUGCGUGCUUUAUAUCUUAAUUAGCACACACUGUUUUAUUGGUUAAGAUGCAGUCGCUAGUCCGUCGGCGCGAUACAGAGAGGCCGUGUAUAGUGCACUGCGGGUGCAGUUAGCAUUAGUUGUUUGUUGCGCACCAAUUUAUAGUAAAACAUAUCAAUGACACUUAGUCGUUAAAUGGAGAACAUCAGUUGUCUUACUUCACUUUAACUUGAAGUUAUAUCCAUUCUUAACUGUUGGAAAAUUGGGGAAGUAAGACAAGCAGUAAAACAGACAAUCAGAGAAGCACUUUGCUGUCCGUAGCGUUACCUCCUCCUCGGUUUGGUUUUAUAAGACUUUCAUUAAGUCACGAUUGUUAUUAGGGAGCGCUCGUAAAAAAUGUCAUUGAUUAAGCAGAAGAAAUAAGAAGUUCAGUAGAAUCGUUGUACGUCGAGCUUUUGUCAAUAGUCUUUUCAAAGAGUAAACGGGAGUUUUGAAGUAAAUGUUGCUGACGAAGGUAGAAUUGAACAACUGUGCGACGAGUUUUGAUAAUUCCUUAGCAUAUUUCCAUUGGUUUUCGACCACCACUUAUAAAUUGUUUUCUUCACUUCAGUAUUAAGUUGUUACUGUUGUGAUGAAAGGAAAAUUUUGACAAUUGCCCCAGAGCAUUGCAAAAUUACCUGCCGUUUAUAUGAGAGAUUUCUUGAUACAAAAACACUUUUAUUUUCUAACUAACCAGACGUAGGAAGUAAGAAAACUAGAUCAUAGGGUCUCUAGGCUAACUUUUCCUCGUUAUUGUUCAGUACUGUGUUCAAUACAGGCAGAAUAUUUCAAUUUAAUAAUGGGCACUCAAACAGUAAUAUAGCUGAUGCCUAUUUGUUUGUCGACGAAAUUACCUUUUAGUGCUUAUUUGUACUAAAACUGACAUUCUUUGAGAUUAAAAACUUGUCGCAGCCCACCCAAACGCUUUAGUAGUUUCAUCAGCUGCAGUCGCCAUUCGGAGAAAUUGAUAAGUUGUUGGUUUGUCUAUCAGCAAUUUUCCUGUCCAAAAAUAAAACGAUAGAUCUAAAGUUGAUAUAUAAGUAUAUAUAUAAACCCAUUUUCGAAAAUGUUGCUAUUUGAAAUAUAUUUUUAAUAGUAUGUUCAUGUAAACGAUGCCUAAUACAAGUCCGAAUCUGUCUUUGCAAGCAGGUGUCUCCUUAACAACUUAUUCGUUCCCCAGUGUGCGAUAAAAAGCACGAGGCAAUUUCAGAGAGUUUGAAAUAUGUGUCAGAGUUGGUAAAGACGAAGCUUCUCCUGGAACAGUUGUAAAUUUUUUAUCGAUUAUUGAUAAGCUUCGAGCGCCCAUCCCUUCAUUUUCCAUCUCGAUUAAUAAAUUAUCCUGUUUACCUUAUUAUUAGAAACUAAUUGUCAUCACCAAAGAAGAGUCGCUAAUUGCCUAAGACAAUCACAGGAACAAAAAUUGAAUAACUUUCCUUUUACAGUUACAGGAAAUGGUUUAAUGGCGUGAUAACUUGAUCCUGUUUCUAUUUUGUUUUUAGUUCUAUUCGGAUACGAAACGGAGAGAAAAAAAGCUACAAAUCGCAAUUUGAUACACAGUUAGUUUCAAAUAUUUUGAAACAAGUUUGUAUGUGUGGCUGUACAUUAAUUUUGAAUAGUUAUGUAGUCUACGUAAUACAUUAGGUGACUGUCACGAAUUCAGUUUUUCUCAUAGAAUAAUUGACAUCGCCAGCUUGAGCUUUUGCAUUUUUAGCUUUCCGUAGCUGAUAAUGAUUCAAGUCUUAACUUCACACGAAAGAUAUGGACCCUUGAUUAGCAUCCUAUUUUAAUGGGAUUUGAUUCUGGUAAAGAGCGGCUCUUUGCCGCACUGUAAAAACACCGAAAUAACAGAUGUUUCUAUAUGUGCCUUUAAUUGCUAUUUCAUAAAAGAGGCACCCAAAGAUUCCCGAGAAAAAUAAAAUUUUUUUGACCCAGUAGAAAAUUUCCUAAUGCAUUUUGAAUGAGUAAGUCUCUAUGCGACAGUUAGUUAGGAAGUUAAGCUUCAGUAAUCCUUGCUGCCAUUUUCCGUUGCAAGAACAGAAACCUACAAGAAAAGGAACACGCCGAAGACAGAAUUAUGUCGACAACAAAUUUCAGUAGCGGUAGAAGUCGCUCGGAAUCAUUUAAAGAACUGCUAUGCUCUUCCUCUUUGGUGGGUGGGCUUCAACAACAACUAUCAAUUUGCUUCUUAGCGGUUGACAUUCUCCUCUUCAUCACAGCAUUUGCAGGAAAUUCUCUUAUCCUUGUUGCCCUUCACAAGAAAUCUUGCCUGCAUCCGCAGUCAAAACUCCUGUAUCGUUGUCUGGCAACCACUGAUCUGUUGGUUGGUCUUGUUGCUCAGCCUCUCGAUGCUCUAUGUUGGAUGUCCGUGGUUCAGGAACACUGA